UUCAAAUUGGUUUCUUUCAUCAGUUCCUUAGUGCUCAUUCCGAUCCAUUCGGCAGCAAGAAGGAAGAAACCAUUUUUCUUUCUUCAUCUUUGGCGCGGUGCUUGCUGUUUUUGCCAAGACUCUUGGGUUCAUCUUCAUCAAAUAUUUUGGAGGAAAUACACUAACAUUGCAAUUGAGAUCAUAGAUGGCUUUUGUUGCUUUAACUUCUCUCAUUCAAACCAUUGAGAUUGAGUUUCUGCAACCCACCCCAAGACAAAGGUUGUCUCUCCAUGAUCAUGAUCGAGCAGGAAUAAACUCUUUCCUUGCAAACCUGUCUUCUUUGCUAGCCCUUCUCCAGAAGGAUUCGAAUGGUAAUGGUGGUGCUCUCAGUCUCAGAGAUUUGGAAAUCCAAAUCAGAGACUUUGCACUCAAAGCUGAAGACGACAUUGAAAUACAACUUAGCAACAUCUUUAUGGAUCAAGACGGAGGGAUACCCCCUACAAAGAAGAUGAAGAUCCUAUUCCCCGGACAGACAAAUGAUUUCAUGUGUUGUAGGGCAUCAGACGAACUGCAUCAAACUUUGCGAGAAGCAGCAGAAAAUGCAACACAGCUGUUGAAGAUUCUAACCAGGGAAAAGGAGUCAUGUGCAAGUAAGAGAGAGAUGGGUAUUGUUGCUUUAACUAUUCUCAUCACAAAAUCUAAGUAUUACUUUUUGCAACCCUUCCCAACAGUGUAUCUUGGUGAUAAAGAAGCAAUGAAAUCUUUCUUCAGAAAUAUUUCUUCUUUGCAAGCCUGCUUAUUGCAGAGGAAAUCCACUGGUGGUGCUGCAAUCAAACUAUUGCAAACCAAAAUCAGAAACUUCGCACUCAAAGCUGAAAACGACAUCGAAAUACACUUAAACAACUUUCUUCUAGCCAAACACACUGAGCAUGAAGAAGAAGUUUCCCAACAACUCUGUCAAACCUUGCAAGAAGCAGCCCAAAUUGCAGCAGAGUUGUUGAACAUUAUUUACAAAGAAGAACUGCUUUGUACUGCUUUAACUUCUUUCAGGGAAACAAUUGAUGAGAUAUUAACAAAGUCUCUUCAUGAUAAAGAGGGAAUCAAAUCCACUUUAGUGGAAAAGCUUUCUUUUCUGCAACACUUUCUGCGGGAGGAAUCAAGUGCUACAACCAUGGAUAAGGAUUUGAAAACCAAGAUCAGAAACUUCACAAUCGAAGCUAAGUAUGACAUCCUAAUACAACUAAGGAACAUUUCUCAAGCCAAAGAAACAAAGUCUCAUGAAAAAGCUUCCAGGGGACUACAUCAAGCCUUACAAGAAGCAAUAGCAAACGCAACAGAGUUGUUGAACAUUUUAACCAACGAAAAAGAAAGUGCAAGAGAGAUGGGUAGUGAUGCUUUAAAUACUUUCAUGACAAAAUUUUAUUACGACUUUUUGCAUUCCACCCCCAUAGUACCAUUUCUUGACCAUAGAGCAGCAAUGAUGUCUUUCUUUGAAAAGCUUUCUUCUUUGCAAGACUACUUACUACAGAAGGAGUCUAGUGGUAGUGCUGGUGCUACAAUCAAUGAUUUGGAAACCGAAAUCAGAUACUUUGUACUCAAGGUUGGAGAUGACGUUGAAACACAAGUGAAAAAAUUAGUCCAGGCCAAAGACGACAUAGAAUAUCAACAAAAAGCUUCCCAGCUCAAUCAAACCUUGCAAGAAGCAGCCGAAAUUGCAGCAGAGUUGUUAAUGAGUAUCAAUAGUAAAAGCAAUGAAGUUGAUGAAGCAAAUGAAACUCAACCAUCAAAUACUUGGUUAAAACAUGCUAGCGCAGCGAAUGUUGAAUCUGAUGGAUCCACCCCGCGUGGCUUUCUAAAGCCUGAGCGCAGAAUGGUUGGCCGUCACAAUGAUUGUAGAAUGAUAAAGGACCAACUCUUUUGUCCCCGUUUUGGCAUUCCAGUUAUAAUCUCAAUUGUUGGAAUGGUGGGUAUUGGAAAGACUACUGUAGCAAGAAAUGUGUAUGAAGAUCCAUCAGUUGCAUCCAAUUUCGAUGUAAGAGGUUGGGUUAGUAUACCUCAACACUACAAUAAGAGCAGAAUACUAAGCCAACUUCUUCAGUCAAUUACACCAGUAAAAGAGCCAAAUGUAAUUAAAAAGGGAAGCACUCCUCAUGAACUAGAAAUGCAGGUACGCAAUUGCUUUGGUGGUAAGAAGUAUUUAAUUGUUUUGGACAACAUUACGAGCAAGCAAACCUGGGAGCAAGCUUGGACUGACAUCAUAGGGUGUGUUUCUAAUGGAUUAGUUGGAAGUUACUUGUUACUAACCACUAGACACUACUUCAACCUAGAUGCCCACAUGAUAAGAUAUAUGCAUAUCCAUAACAUGACUUUGCUAGAUCCGAAAGAAAGUUGGGAACUAUUUUGUUAUAUCCUUUCUAUUGAUGAAGAGCACUUGGCCCCUAAAUUUGAAAAAAUUAGGAACCAUGUUGUGGAGAAAUGUGAUGGAUUACCCCAGUUAAUUGUUGAAGUUGCCAAGCGUUUAUCUAAAUGCAACAACAUACAACAAGGAUGGAAAAAGAUUGAAAAGGAAUUAGAGUCAUUGGGACUUCUAGAUUGCAAUGCACUCAGUGUUAGUUACAAUAUCUUGCCACAUCAUUUGAAAGUUUGCUUUCUAUACUUUGGAGUCUUCCCAAAACGUAAAAAAAUUCUGGUUAAAAUGCUUAUAAGGUUGUGGAUUGUCGAGGGAUUUGUGAAGCCAUUGAAACAUAAGGAGUUAGAAGAUGAAGCUUAUGAGUACUUAGAAGAGCUUACGGAUAGAAGUCUUCUCUUAGUUGAAGAUCGAAGUUGUAACGGCAAAAUAAAGACUUGUAGAAUGCACAGUGCCUUACAUAGCUUCUGCGUAGGAGAAGCUCAAAAAGGAGGUAUUUUAUGUGCAGUAAAUACUCAGCAACAUUCAGGACUAUCAUUAAACGCAUUUACAAAUUCUUGUCGUUGGCUAAGUUCUUACUCACACAGUUUUGACUAUUAUGUGCUCUUUGGUACGAACAUCCCUCGCUCCAUUUUCUUCUUUCUUGAAAAUCCUGAAAUGUUUAUUCCUCCGAAGCUGUUAAGAGUUUUGGCUUUUGAUACUUCUAUAUCACUUCAAAGAGUGCCAGUGCAAUUAGGAGGUUUAGUUUUUCUGAGAUACCUAUCUAUAACACAAUGGUUUGAGGAUCUGGAUGAUGUAGUGUCAAAUAAUCCAAAUUUAGAGACACUUGUUGUUUCCGGCAACGGAGCACGAACUAUCCAUUUGCCAUCUAGUAUUUGGAAGUCACCAAACUUAAGGCAUCUCGAACUUGGCAAUUCAUAUAUGGUAGAUCCCCCUUGUGCAUAUAAAAAGAAUUUACAAACAUUAUCUUGGGUGGUGAGACCAAUUCAUUGCAGACAAAAGGUGUACAGCAAGUUCCCUAACAUAAAAAAUCUGAAAAUUUUCCUAAAGGAUGACAUAGAGCCUAGUCACAUUGGAAGAUGUUGCAGCAAUCCUAUUAUUUUGGAUCAUUUUGACUAUUCGGAAGGGCUUGAGAAGCUUAGCAUUUCAGUUUCCAUUGGUUGCAAUGCAACCCUUCCAGAACAAUGUAUGUAUCCUUCAGGACUGAAGAAGUUGAAGUUGAGUGGGACUAAUAUUUCUGUGAGGGAUUUAAAUGUAAUUGCCAGGCUACCCCAACUUGAGGUGCUCAAGUUGGAAAAUGCCUUUCAUGGAACAGUAUGGAAAGUAGCUUAUGGAGGAUUUCAUCAAUUAAUAUUCUUGCUCCUUGAAGCUAAAGAACUCAAGCAGUGGGAACUUAGCCAGAACCACUUUCGGAUGCUCAGACACUUAGUCUUAAGAUCCUGUAAUUGUUUGGAACAGAUCCCAAUUGAUUUUGCAGAAAUUUACACCUUGAGGUCAAUUGAGUUGGAGGGGUGUAAGUCUUCCCUUGUUGCUUCUGCCAAGCAGUUACAACAGGAAGGGAGAUCCAAGGAUGUUGAGAUCAAAAUCCUUGGCCCCGAAUAUGAUGACUCACAGAAAACACAUACAGAAUUGUCUAUGUAAGAUGACUUGGGCGGCCAGCCUCAUAGUAAAUAACUGUUGGAAAACGAUCGAGUAUCUAGAACUUGGUCUUGAAAGAUGGGCUCAAGAGCUUUGUGUUAAAAAGACGGUGGAUAACUUUUUAUUAGCAAACAUUAUAUUGUGAGGGAGAAGAAGAUGUAUGUUGGUCAUUAAAGAUCUACUACUACUACUUCAUGAGUAUAUGUGGCUGGGGCAAGGAAGGUAGUUAGUAGAGUUUGAAAAGUUUUACAAGUGACUUGGAGAAUGCCUUCUGUGAAAAAACUCAAAAAAGUAUGGGAAGUAGCUAAAGGAGAAUUCUAUGGACGACUAAGACUCUUGCUAGCUUCUUUAAGCUAAUAAACUUGAGCAUUGCGCAAGCUAUGCGAUGGCGAUUUCCCAUGUCUCAAGUUGUUAGUCUUGAGAUGUUAUUGUUUGGAAAAGUUCCCUUGAUGUUUAACAGAAAAUUUGAACCUGCAGUCAAUUAAGUUGGAUUAGUGUGGCCCUUCCCUUGUUGCUUUUGCUAAGCAGAUUCAGUACUGGCAAGUUGAAAUGGGAAACUGCAUUUUGAGAUGAAUGUGGGGAUCUGUUACAUACAAGAAUGGCUCGUGCUGUUAAAAAGGAAUGAUCCUGUAAUUGUUUGGAAUAGAUGCCAAAGAAUUUUCUAUGUUACAACUUGGAGUCAAUUGCGUUGGAGGGGUGUCACUCUUCCCUUGUCCUUCUUCCAAUCAGUUUCAACAAAAGAGAGGAUACACGGAUUUAAAGAUCAAAAUUCAAGACCCUUAAUACGACAAUAACAAAUACAGAAGUGUGUAUGAAAGAAGUCUUGUUCAGCCUCAUAGUAUACAACUCUCAGAAAAUGAAAAUUUGAACCUGCCGUCUACUAAGUUGGAUACUGGCAAGUUGAAAAGGGAAACUGCAUUUUUGAGGUUAGAUGCUACAGCACAUGAUCCAUUCUCAAUUAUUAUAUUUAUUUUCCAUUAUUCCAUAUGGAUGCUAACUUUCUUUACAAACUAGUUACUAUUUCUUUUUCUAAUCUAAUCUCAUUUUGUUUUUCUUAUUCUUUUUAUUUUUUUAAGAUCAAAAUCCCUAAAUACGAUGAAUAAUCACAAAAGAAGAGUAUGUACAAGAAAACUUGGUAAGGCUCACAGUGAAUUAAUAGUUAUUUAAAAAUGGUAUGUGUGAGGAGCUGAGGCUUCAUAUAUAUAUGUGUCUUUGUAACUGCAUGUUAAAUGAAAUGAAAUGAAAUGAAAUGGUGUUGAAUUGCUACCUUGUACAGAUAGUUGAAGGUUACAAAUGAUUGAAAGGAAUUGGUUCCUCAUAACUGAUCACACUGAAUUGUUGUCUGGUGCUUUAAUUUUCUCCCCUUAGCUUGUUACUCAUCAAUAAAUUCCAAGUGCUAUCAUUAUUGAUACAAUGCAAUUACCUUGUGUUUGAAAAAUGCAUGGCAGUGGAUAUUCAUUCUUUGACAGACAAAGCAAGUAGUUUCUCAUUUGCUGAGCGGACCAUUAAAUUAAAGAUGACUUAGAGCCCAAAUUCACUUGUGGAUGGUGUAGUAAUCCCAUGCAAUCAUUUUGGAUAAUCUUGACUAUUUGGAAGGCCGGGCUUGAGAAGCUAAUUAAGGAUUUCAGCUGCACUAUAACCCUUCAAAUCAGUAUAUGUCUCCUUUCGUAAGUACUGAAGAAGUUGAGAUUGAGUGGGCUUCAUCUCUCUGAGAGCAAGGCAAUUAACGGUAAUUGUCAUGCGUGUUCUCCAGCUUAAGUCAGCAGCCCUUCUGUUGUCACUGCUGCCAAGAAGAUUCAUUAUGUUUGAGGCUAGGGCAUUAAGGAUAAACUUCCUCAAUUCCAGCAUAUAAAAGAUGCAGUAUCGUCAGAUCUGGUUUUGGCAAUAUGAUAUUCUCAAUGCAAUGGAUAGCUCAGUAGCUACUAUCUUCGAUCAAGAUACUAUUACAGAGUAUCCAAAAUAUGCUAAUAGAUGGCAUUGAAACACGGACUAAGGAACUUCCUCUCAAGUGGACAAUUUAAUGGUCAGUUUUUCCUCAGAAGGAAGGAGAUGCAUGCUGGUGAUCAAUACCAAUAUAUAUGCUUAAUUUAGUUAACUAAUGUUAGAUGGUUUUCAAAGGAUUCAUGUUGGUGGCUAUAGCAGCCAAGUUUAUUCAUCUGAUGCCUAUAUGAGAUGAUGAUUGCUCAAGCUAAUUGGAGAUGUUGAGAUUGUGAGGAAUUGGUUGGUUACUUUGUUCUGCCUCUUGCUGAUUGAUAUUGAUUUACAAGGAAAAAAAGCUUAAUGCAUUAAAUCAUAGGAAAGUCAAUCAACAAGAAACAAAGGGGGCAAUCAAACCAUUCCCUGCAACCUGAUACAGAACUGGCUUCCCGAGCAACAGUGUGGGCAGCACGAUUCGCACUUCGCUUAGCAAAACGAAAUUCAACACCACUUAUCAUGGAUGCCAAAUUCUCUACAUCGUCAAUAAUAAAACCAAAGAUAGAAGUAAAAGGGUCUGACAUAGUGCAAAUAAACUAGUUGUGAAUCUGUCUCUACGUCAAUAUCACCCAAUUCCGUAUCCUUUAACCAACUCAGAGCCUCACGGAUACAGACUGCUUCAGCCUCUUUCACUGGAUAAUUUCCCGCUACUCGCAAAUUCUUGGCUGCCAAAAAAAUGGCCACCCAUCCAAAGCCCAUAGUAUUGUUUUCUUCAUUCAAACUGACAUCAGUAUUGAGCUUUAAUCUGUCAGGCAUUGGGGUAUUC